AUGUGUAUAUUUUAUUUAAUUAUUCUAUUUGUAAGAUAUAAUAAUAAUAAUUUAUAAUAGAUUAUUAUUAAUAUAAAUUUUAAUUGUGAGAAGAUACAAAAUUUCCUAAUUCAAAAUAUUUAGAAUACAGUGAUUAUUGUGAUGUUUUCAACCCAAUUUUGGAAAUUUGGACAUAACCUGUAUUCUCGCUCUUGUCUUCUAAAUCAACAUUAGAAGGAGCAAACGACAUUUAUGAAUCAUUAGCUGUUUUGGUAAUAUAAUGAAUUAACUGAAAGACAAUAUUUAGCGAUGAAGAAUAAGAACUUAAAUUAUAAUUCAUAUUCUAAUUAUUCGAUACAGAUAAGUCAGGUGAAAUAGAAAAAACUGAACUAAUUGUGGCUUUAGAGACUUGUAUUCGUGGUUUAUGUAAGUUAGUUUAUUUACCUGCUCCUUCAAUAAAAGACAUCGAUUUUUAUGCAGAACGAUUAUUUCUAGAAUUAGAUAGAGAUUACAGUUAUACAAUAUCAUUUAAUGAGUUUAAAUUAUGGUUUAUUGGAAAUUUUGAAUUAUAAGACUUUCUAUUAAAAUAUGCUCUUAUUUAAACCUAUGAAAAUGCGAGAAGACGAUACAAAGAGAAAAGAAUUCUCUACGAAAACUUUUUUAUAAAUGCAAUAGGGAAUGAUAAAUCUGAAUUAUGUGAAUUAGAAUCUAUCAAGCAAAUAUUUUUGACUGAAUUCAAUAAUUAAAAAUAAGAAAUUCUUGAAUUAUUAUUUAAAACUUUAUAAGAUUCUUUUGAUGCUUACUUAGAUCAAAAAAAUUAUGGAUAAAUUUGUAAAUAAGCUUAUUAAGAUAUCAUGAAUGCAUGGGCUGCUUUUGAUGCUUCUGAUAUCAAUUCUGAUAAUGAAGUUUCUAUGUCAGAAUUGAAAUAUUUAAUAUAUGCAUAUGAAGGUGACAAACCAGAUUAUUAUCGAUUAUAAACAGAAAUGGAGAUUUUAGAUAUGGAUUAAUCAGGAAAAAUUACAAGAGAUGAAUGGAUAAAGUAUCUUUGUGUAAAUGAAAAAGGGAAGUUCAUUUUUAGAGGAACUUUGUAACAUAAAUUUAAUGAAUAUGAUAAAGAUCAUAAUGGAAUAUUAUCUAUUAAAGACAUUAAAGAUUUACUUAAAAAUUCUAUGAGAGAUUUAAGAAUCAAUUUUAAGGUAAUUUAAUUAUUAUUAUUAAUUUAAGAAAAUCAAUUAAGGAAAAUAAUUUGAAGAUAUUAUUGAUGAUUUGAUAAAUGAAAUUGUUACAUCAUUAUAAGAAGGAAAUUAAGAUAAACAAACUAAUUCUAAUUAACUAUUAUUUGUAUAUUUAAUUGAUUAAAUUAGCUUUCUUGGAAUGAAUUUAAGUCAUUUAUGGAAAAAGCAACAUAAAAGUAAGAUGAGCUUCGUUAAUUUCUAGCUAAAUUGUGA